GUCAUCAACGUCGUCUCUUUGUCGUCGGUCGUUAUUUUUAUUUCUCGCCGGAAAACCGAAAAAACAGAAAAAAGUUUGAAUUUUUUAAUUUCGAAAAAGCUAUGGAUCCAAUCGAAUCCGUGGAGUACAACAAUGGCUUUGAAACCACCAAUGGUGACUCUCACAACAACGACCAUGGUUGGAAGAAAGUAGUGUACCCAAAACGUAACCGGAAGCAAAAACCUGCGGAUCAAGCGACGGCGGUGGCGAAUGGUGUCACCGGAAAUCUAAUUGCCAAUGGAACUUUAUCCAAUGGAGGAGACAACAUCUUCCGUUCUCUUGAGGAGCAAGCUGAAGAUCGUCAUCGACGGAUCCUCGCCGCGAAGAAAGCCUCCGAUGCGGCGGAUAUGUCGGACGGGGGAAGAUCUAAACGGCGAUCUAACGGAUACGGCGAUGAGGGUUACGAUUUUGAUGACAGCGACAGUGAAAUCGCAGUGGGGAAAGAGAAUUUGAAGGCGGAGGAAGUUAAGAAACCGAAGGUUAAGAAGGUGAAGAAGCCUAAGGUUACUUUAGCUGAAGCUGCUGCUAACAUUGAUGUAUCUAAUCUCGCAGCUUUCCUCGUUGAAGCUUCGGAAUCAUAUGCGAGUCAACCAGAGAUUCAGCUAAUGAGAUAUGCUGAUUACUUUGGGAGAUCACUCUCUCAAGUAUCAUCAGCUCAUUUUCCUUGGGUGAAAACGUUCAAGGAGUCUCCUUUAUCUAAGCUGAUCGAUAUUCCACUUUGUCACAUUCCUGAAGCUGUUUAUAAGACAUCAGCUGAUUGGAUUAACCAACGUCCCAUUGAGGCACUUGGAGCCUUUGUAUUGUGGGCCUUGGAUUGUAUUCUUGCUGACUUGGCUGUACAACAAGGAGGCGCCAAGGGUGGUAAGAAGGGAGCACAAAAUGCUUCUUCGAAAUCUCAGGUUGCGAUAUUUGUGGCGGUAGCAAUGGUUUUGCGUAAGAAACCUGAUGCUUUAACUAAUAUAUUGCCAACUUUGAGGGAGAAUCCCAAGUAUCAGGGACAAGAUAAGCUUCCAGUUACAGUUUGGAUGAUGGCUCAGGCCUCCCAAGGUGAUAUAUCAGUAGGCUUGUACUCAUGGGCGCACAACUUGUUACCAGUAGUCAGUAGCAAGAGUUGCAACCCUCAGUCAAGGGAUCUCAUCCUUCAGUUGGUUGAGAGGAUCUUGUCCAACCCGAAGGCCCGAACCAUUCUUGUAAAUGGGGCUGUUAGGAAGGGAGAGCGAUUGAUUCCACCUCCUUCGUUUGAGAUCUUGGUUCGACUUACAUUCCCUGCAUCAUCCGCAAGAGUGAAGGCUACAGAGAGGUUUGAGGCAAUAUAUCCCUUACUGAAGGAGGUGUCUCUUGCUGGUGCUCCUGGGAGUAAGGCAAUGAAGCAAGUCACACAGCAGAUAUUCACUUUUGCUCUGAAAGCAGCCGGGGAAGAAAAUCCCUUAUUAGCGAAGGAAGCGACUGCAAUCACUAUCUGGGCUCUCACCCAAAACGUUGAUUGCUGCAAGCACUGGGAGAAUCUUUAUACCGACAAUUUGAAAGCCAGUGUUGCUGUUCUUAAAAAGCUCAUGGACGAGUGGAAGGAGCUUUCUGUCAAACUGACCCCUGUAGCUUCUGGUAUCGGCGUUCUCGAGCUCCCUUGUUUGCGUCUGUUACCAAUCUCAAGCAUUCAAAUCCAGUUUCUCACUGUCGAAGCUAGAAAACAACCUCGAAGAAGAAGAAGACGCGAGCUCUCCUUCAGCCACUUUCCGGUACUUAUUCAAUCGAACCGUCGUCUUCGUCAUGGUUUCUCUCAGCUCAAUUCGAGUUUUGAUGGUUCCAACAGUGGAGAAACUGGUUCCGAUACCACUUUUGAAGAUGGUGAAGAAGCGAGGAGAGAAAGCUCUUCAGGUGUUGGAGAUAGCUAUGUGGCCUUGUUUGUGGGAAUGCUCGGUUUGGACAACGAUCCUCUUGAUAGAGAGCAGGCAAUAGAGGCGCUAUGGAAGUACUCUUUGGGUGGGAAGAAAUGCGUUGAUGCAAUUAUGCAGUUUCAUGGUUGUUUGAGUCUCAUUGUCAAUCUUCUCAAGUCUGACUCCAGCUCCGCCUGUGAAGCUGCUGCUGGGCUAAUACGGUCUAUAGCUGCUGUGAAUCUAUACAGAGAAUCCGUUGCUGAGAGUGGAGCGUUGGAAGAGAUAACCGCUCUAUUGAGCCGGCCUUCGUUAGCUACAGUGGUGAAAGAACAAUGCAUAUGUGCUCUGUGGAAUCUGACUGUGGAUGAAGAAAUUAGGGAAAAGGUUGCUGACUUUGAUAUCCUUAGGCUACUCAUUAGUUUCCUUGAAGAUGAUGAUGUAAACGUAAAGGAAGCAGCUGGUGGCGUAUUGGCCAAUCUAGCCCUUAGCCGCUCGAACCACAAGAUUCUGGUUGAAGUAGGAGUCAUACCCAAACUGGCAAAACUGUUGAAAGGCGAUAAUACAGAAAACAAAGGGUCUAAAAUUAUUAGAAAAGAAGCAAGAAAUGUGCUUUUGGAGCUCGCCAAAGACGAAUACUACAGAAUUCUUGUCAUUGAGGAGGGUGUUGUACCCAUUCCCAUAAUUGGUGCAGACGCUUACAAGUCCUUCAGACCGGAUCUGUAUUCUUGGCCUAGUUUACCAGAUGGUAUAAAGAUCGAGCAGACAGCAAAAGCUCCUUCAAGAUUUGGUGCCUCUGAGCUGCUCCUUGGUUUAAAUGUUGACAAGAAUGUUAACGACGUAGAUGAAGCCAAAAUGAAAGCAAUAGUUGGGAGGACAAAUCAGCAGUUCCUUGCCCGUAUUGGAGCAAUUGAAUUUGAGAAGGAAAUUAAAUCCGAAGGGCCAGGGAAAUCUCAGCAGCUUACUCUUCUUCCUUGUGUAGAUGGUGUGGCUCGAUUAGUCUUGAUUCUUGGAUUGGCAGACGAAUUGGCAGUAACAAGAGCUGCAGAGUCAAUUGCUGAUGCAUCUAUCAACGAGGAUAUGCGGGUUUCUUUCAUGGAAGCCGGAGCUGUAAAGCCUUUGGUUCAGCUUUUAGCCAACAACAACAAAGAGGCUGUUAAAUUACCCGUCAUCCGAGCCUUGAAAAAUUUAUCACUUAGCCGCACUGUUUGCCAGAGGAUUGAAGCUGAAGGUGCAGUAUGGUUUCUUAUUAAUCUUCUGAAGCAGCCAGAGAUCUCACUAAGCGUCACAGAACACAUUCUGGAUAUACUUGCUCAUAUCUUAGAUCCUUGCAAGGAAAUGGAAUCCAAGUUUUAUGAAGGACCGGUGAACGGAUCAAAAGCAGACUCCAGAAAGGAAGUACUGGAUGCUGCUGUUUUUUCUCGGCUUGCCCAGAUUGCGAAAACAGCCUCUCCGAACUUGCUAAGAAAUGCAAUCUCUGUCAUCGAGUUUGGUAUAGUCAGUAAUCCAAACAUGGACACGAUCAUCUCUGGGGAUAUCACAACUGUUCUUGAUCUUGCUCUCCGGCAGAAAGUCCUGGAAGAACCUGAGAACGAAGCUGAGGAGUUAGAGAAACAUCUUCUUGAGCUAGAAGAAGCUGGUUUGACGAUUUCCGCUGCUUCAAGGCUACUGACAAAACUUGUCGACUCUGAGUCCUUUCGCCAAACAAUAGAUGUCGCAGUCUUCACAGAAUUACUAAGGAAGAUCCUAAAAUCUAGCCUCCCUCUACACUACAAAGACUGGGUUGCCGCUUGUCUUGUAAAACUCACCGCUCUCUCCUCUCCCUCUCAAUCCCUCAACAAUCCAAUCAAUAUCGAGGUAACUCUGUACAAAACGAUCCCGAGCCUUGUAGAACAAAUGAGCUUUUCCUCAUCACCAGAAGCGAAAGAAGCAGCGGUUUUAGAACUGAACAAGAUAGUAUCCGAGGGAGUUCCAGAAUCUACCCAAACUCUUGCUUCACACGGAGGUAUCGAACCGCUGGUUAAGCUUCUUGAAGAAAGAAACGAGCGGUGCGUUGAAGCGAGUUUGUCAGUACUGUAUAACCUAAGCAUGGACAGUGAGAACCACACAGCCAUCAUAAGAGCCGGAGCUGUACCAGUAUUGAGACGUAUCGUUAUGUCUCAAAGACCUCAAUGGGAAAAAGCUCUUCGAGCUGCUUUUAUCAUCACCACCACAUCACUCUCUCUGCGUUCAAUUUUGAUCUUUGUUCUCUUCAAGACGAAUAUGGUUUUCAAGGUUUCUACCGUUUCAACAUCUCCUAUUGAUGGCCAGAAACCAGGAACUUCUGGACUCCGUAAAAAGGUGAAAGUGUUCAAGCAACCCAAUUAUCUAGAGAAUUUUGUCCAAGCAACCUUCAAUGCUCUUACUGCAGAGAAAGUUAAAGGUGCCACACUCGUGGUCUCUGGUGAUGGUCGUUAUUACUCAAAGGAUGCUGUUCAGAUCAUAAUUAAGAUGGCAGCAGCUAAUGGUGUACGACGUGUGUGGGUUGGUAAAAACACUCUGUUAUCAACUCCUGCUGUAUCAGCUGUGAUUCGUGAAAGAUCAGGGGCUGAUGGAUCGAAAGCAACUGGAGCCUUUAUCUUAACAGCAAGUCACAAUCCUGGUGGCCCUACUGAGGAUUUUGGAAUCAAAUACAAUAUGGAAAACGGAGGACCUGCUCCUGAAUCAAUCACUGAUAAAAUCUACGAGAACACUAAGACAAUCAAGGAGUACCCAAUAGCAGACGAUCUACCCAAUGUUGAUAUUUCUACCAUCGGUGUAACUAGCUUUGAAGGACCUGAUGGCAAAUUUGAUGUUGAAGUUUUCGACUCUGCAGAUGACUACGUUAAAUUGAUGAAGUCAAUCUUCGAUUUUGAAUCCAUCCGAAAAUUGCUUUCAUCUCCAAAGUUUACAUUCUGCUAUGAUGCAUUGCAUGGAGUUGCUGGAGCCUAUGCACAUCGCAUUUUUGUCGAAGAACUCGGUGCGCAAGAAAGCGCAUUAUUGAACUGCACACCCAAGGAGGACUUUGGAGGAGGGCAUCCGGAUCCCAAUUUGACCUAUGCUAAGGAGCUUGUGGCACGAAUGGGACUAAGUAAAUCCGACACUGGAGGUGAACCUCCAGAGUUUGGCGCCGCUGCUGAUGGUGAUGCAGACCGUAACAUGAUCCUUGGUAAAAGGUUUUUUGUAACUCCUUCAGAUUCAGUUGCCAUAAUUGCUGCAAAUGCUAUUGGGGCCAUUCCGUACUUCAGCUCUGGUUUGAAAGGUGUUGCUAGGAGUAUGCCCACCUCAGCUGCUCUCGAUGUCGUUGCAAAAAGCUUGAAUUUGAAGUUCUUUGAGGUUCCAACAGGCUGGAAGUUUUUUGGUAAUCUGAUGGAUGCUGGGAUGUGUUCUGUUUGUGGGGAAGAAAGUUUUGGAACCGGCUCGGAUCAUAUCCGCGAGAAAGACGGGAUUUGGGCAGUUCUUGCGUGGAUGUCCAUACUUGCUCACAAGAACAAGGGAAAUAUUGACGGUAAUGCUAAACUGGUGUCGGUUGAAGACAUUGUCCGCCAGCAUUGGGCUACCUACGGCCGUCACUAUUACACUCGUUACGACUAUGAGAAUGUAGACGCAGGUAAAGCUAAGGAACUGAUGGAGCAUUUGGUCAAAUUGCAAUCUUCAAUUCCUGAAGUUAACAAGAUUGUGAAAGGAAUUCGUUCCGAUGUGGCGAACGUCGCCAGUGCCGAUGAAUUCGAGUACAAAGAUCCAGUUGAUGGAUCCAUUUCGAAGCACCAGGGAAUCCGUUACUUGUUUGAAGACGGAUCACGACUUGUUUUCCGUCUCUCUGGAACUGGCUCAGAAGGAGCAACCAUCAGGCUCUACAUUGAACAGUACGAGAAGGAUGCUUCAAAAACCGGCCGAGAAUCCCAGGAAGCUUUGUCUCCUCUGGUUGACUUAGCUCUAAAGCUGUCUAAGAUGGAGGAGUUCACCGGCCGAUCAGCCCCAACCGUCAUAACAUGAGAAUGGUCAAGCUCAACGACUCGAAUCAUACACUUUUUUUUCCUGCAUCUAUAUGAUGCUUUCUUCUUAUACUAUCCAAGUUCCAUUGUAAGAAUAAUUAGUCUCAGGGAGAAUUUGUAUCUCUUAUCGGAAUUCUGAACAACCAAGAACGAUUUCUUGAGUUGUCGUGAGGCUUAUACAUACUUGUACGGAUUUGGCUUUCUCGGUUUUGUUUUCUCUUGUUUCCAUCUUUUGCAUGAUUAAGAUUUGUUCUUGCGGUUUUAUAUACGAUUUUGCAAGUUUGGUCUCUUAACAUCUAACUUCAUUGAUACCUCAACAUUUAAGCAUGCUACGAACAAGUUUGGUGUUCCCCGUCUCGUUUUUCAUU